AUGGCAGACGAUUUUUCUCCAUUAACGUCUGCCUCGGAAAGAUUAAUAAAUACUUUAAAUAGUAAGGAGUUAUCAACGGAUCUUCAAUAUGUGGUAAUGAAUAGCAGCCGAAAAGCUCUUGCUGUAUUAGAUCUUAGAACGAGAUCAUUCAAUGUACGUCGUGUCGAAGCAAAUUUGAAAGCAUAUCAUGAACUAUUUUCAUUCAAAGGUGUACCGACUCCUAUAUGUAGACCAUCUGAGGGGCUGGAUCGAUGGUCGAUAGCAAUCUCAGAUUUCGAUGAGACUGGAAACUUUAGUGUAGCAUUAUCAUGUCUAGAGACAUCUCGUGAAGAAAGUGAUCACACAAAAACUAUAGAUCAAGUUUUGCCCACGCAUUCACAAUACGGCGAAGCGAACCUAAAGUUGAGAUUAGAAGGAAUGUCACAUGACUCGACCGUUAUCCUCAUAUGCCAAAGAAAACGAUUAAAAGAAUUCUUUUUUAUUAAUUAUGGAGGUAUAGUUAAAUUUGUAACCGGAUCAAAAUUAAUAAUUAUGGGACGACAGGGAUUCUGUAUCGGUUCGGUGAAUGAACUUCGAGCGAUACCAUAUAAUAUACAAGAUGAGGAUUGUGAUGAUGAAGCUAAACCGCUUGAAGUGAAACCAGGAGACGCAGCGCAAAUAUAUCUUUUUCCGCCACCAAUGAAGGCUUUGUUAGAUAGACUUGAAGGAAAUGCAUUUUGUGCCUUUUUGGACAAUUGUAUCCGUCUAAAAUACUUGAAUUCAAUUGACAGCCGAGAUAACAUUGAGGUAUUCAGUCUAAAUACAGGACGAUUUAAGUUUCUAUGCAACAAUCCAGAUUAUAAUUCUAAUCUAAAUACAAACGUUGGCAUUCCUAUAUAUGCUCGUUCAUCUGAUAACCAAUAUUUUGCCACUACCUUAGACAAUAACACGAUUGUAAUUUAUCUUCUAGAAAAUACUUUGGAUAUAGCAAUAGCAAGAAUCGAUGAAUUUACGGAAGAGGAAGAUAAUUUUAUCAGCUUUUUAGGAUUCUGUGAAAAUGAUACAAAACUUUUCAUUCUGUUAGAAAAAAAUCACCAGUAUAGAUUUUUUCUCUGGGAUCUCUUUACUUCCAAUGAAACUUAUAUUCAAGAAUUCAAGCCUAAGCAAAUGGAAUGGGUGACUCAUCCUUAUAAACAACCGUUUAUACAAUUUGACAAUCAAAUUGUUGGUUUUACCAAAGAGAAACAAGCUGUACUAUUGGAAAUGCCAAAAAUCGAGCUAGGAAUUGCUGAAUUCGAUGAAAGUGAUAAUAACGAUAAGAUAAAUCAUGAUUUGCACUCAUACGAACCCUGGUUCCAACCUAAUCAAACCGUCAAACAUGCAAAGAAAUUUCCGAAUGGGCAUCGACUCAUAGUCGGAAUGCAAACAAUACAAAUAUGGCAAGAAACCGAUGAUAAAGACAAGGAACGACUUGUAUAUAUUUGGCGAAUCCCAAAAGAGCUCGAGCAGGCUACGUAUACUAAAAUUUUAAGUUUUUGGGCAAGAGAAACAAGACUUGUCGGGAAGUUUAAAAAAGAAAAAUCAUUUGACGAAAAAACAGACGAAAAAGCGGACGAAAUUAUUGAAGGCACAAAUUGGGAACUACCAAAAUACACGCAUAUACGAGAUGCCGCGGAGUCUCUCUUAUUCUUGCAUCAACAACGUAAACAAGCGAAAAGUAUUGAUCGUUGUAAUAGACUUGGAAAAAUAAUUAAACACGUUGCAACAAUAAUAGCUGAAUUUGCCGAAAGAUUACCAAAUCAGUUUCGUUUACUUGAUUCAAGGUAUUUUAUAAUGGCUGCUUUAGUUGAAGCACAAUGUGUUGAACAAAUAAUGGAUAUAUUGGAUUCAAGAGACGAAUACAAAGAUCCAAGAAACCUCCAUAUACCUCAUCUUGAGGUAAAAAAGCAAGGAAAACUCAAUUUUUUACAGUCGUAUGGAUUUCGACUACCAAAGAAAGAAAGCGAGUUGUCAUUAGCAAUCAAAACUGGCGACCCGGUGAUUGUCGAAAAAUUAUUAGAGUAUUAUAAAAGAAAUGCAGCAAAAAAUGCCGGCUGGAUGUUUACUGUCACUCAAGAAUUACCAAUGAUAUUCGAAAGAUAUCCACGUUUCGCUCAUAGGUUUUUUGAUAAAAAGUCGUUUGUUUCUGCAAAGGAGAUUUCUUUCGACUCUUGGCAUAAUCAUCAAUUAGCCAUUCAAGCUGCAGGAAAAAAAGCCUUUACUUUUGUGCCGAAUUUAUUUCUAGAUACUGCAAAAUCAGAGAAACGACUAAAGAGACAUUCACAUACAGAUGAGGAUCUUCAAGUUCCUUAUUAUCGAAUGGUGCCACUACCAAAUAUAACUGUAGCUCCAAAAGCAAAUCUUCUUUUUGGAAUAAUCUCUUUAGGCAACGCAAUUCAACACCGGAGUCCAUUUGCAAAAUUAAUUUUACUCGAUCCAACUGGUAAAAUAUUCAAAAACCCAGCAAUUGAGGCUGUCAUUAAUUACACAUGGGAACACACAGGGAAAAUUAGUACUUGGGUGGCAUUUGGAUUCUCAGUCAUUUUCUCCGUGCUUUUCGUUUGGUUAUGUCAUUUACAUUUGAAUUAUAUCGUCCUCAACAAGCAUAACUGGUAUUAUUUACCUGGAUGGAUUAUUACUGUUUAUAUUUCGGGACUUUGGCUAUUUAUUCAAAUUCAACGAAUGCAAUUUCAUCGAGGUCCGCCAUGGCUCGCAAUAUGUUUCUGGUUCGAAUCGGCUGUGAUCGCAUUGUGUUUCUUUGUUGAUUUAAUUAUUGGUGCCGUUUAUGCUGAUGUCUAUAUACACAGAUCUGAGGUUGAUAAUAGUUAUUGUUCGACUCGAAUUGAAGCUUGUAAAUGGCAAGUUUCAAUUCUCGCAUUUGCUUGUCUUGGCGUUUGGUCUCAUCUGUUUUUACGAAUGCGUUUUUUACCUCGCAUCGGCGAAUAUAUAAUCAUCGCUUGUCAAAUAGUUGUCAAACUUUGGCUUUUUUUAGCAUCACAAAUAUUUGUGAUUACGGGUUACGGCGUUGCAAUGUACAUGAUUUUACGGUUUGUACCUGUACUUGAUGUUGAGCCUGUCUUACAAAAUUUUGUUGGCGUUAACACCAUAUCACCGACAAACAACACCACGCUCGCAAUCAACGAAGAUUUUGAUGUUACCGACAGAAACGAUAAUCGAUACUUUGAAUAUUAUACAGCAAUUGAGGGCGCAUAUAGUUGGAUUUUAGGACAAUAUGAUGUACUAACACGCUGGGAUUUUCUCCCUGUUCAUCUAAUUGUGAUAUUAGGGAGUAUAUUCUUGGUCACGAUUAUGCAGAAUAUCGACGUCGUGAGUAACGAAAACACUCGCGACGCUAAACACUAUGCAAGGAUGCAAACACGAGCUCAAUUUACUGUCGAUUAUGGAAAUAUUGCGACACUUUGGACAAAUUGGAGCAAACAAGAAAAACCUCGGUACAUUUAUUAUCAAGUACGUCACAAGCCCCAAGAAGAUCAAGAAGACGUUCAUGCAGCUCAUCUAAGCACUGAUAAUCUUGAAUCUAGAGGUCGUCUAAGCGUCAGCACCGAUGUAUCAAGAGGUCAUUCUCCCGCCAGGUCGGAUAUCAGUGCGACAAGUGGGGCUAGCAGCCAUGUGAUGGAUCUCGGCUCAGAGAUUCAAAUGAUGAUUCAACAGCUGGAAGGUCAAAAAACACAGAUUGCUUUGUUAACUAGCACAUUGCAGCGUAUGGCAAACAAUAAUGCGAGAUAA